CCCUCGGCCGCACAACCCCCCUUCGAGAGAUCUGGUUUCCAAUCGUAUUAUCCAGAAACCGCGAAUCUCUGCAUCUCGCAGACUGUUUUUGAAGACCAAAAUGCUAAAGAAAGCUAUGGUGAUGCUUGAGAAUGACAAGCAAAUAAAAAAGGAUGAGCGAGACAGAAUCCUGUCUGAGAGAGUGCCGGCGUUGGAGAUGUCUGGCAUGUCGGCGCAGGAUUUGCAGAAUCUUUGCAAAGAGCUACACAACAAGAUCGAUGUUGUCGAUGAGGAACGUUACGACAUUGGUUUAAAAGUGGCCAAAAGUGACAUAGAGGUGCGGGACCUGUCUCAGAAGAUCUAUGAGUUGAAGGGUAAGAUGAAGAGGCCAAACCUGAAGAGAGUGAGGGUGUCGGCAGAUGCCAUGCUGGGAGCGCUGCUAGGUGCCAAGGUCAAAGAGUCCGUGGACUUUAAGGCCAAUCUCAAGACUGUGAAGAAAGAGGACGAGAAGAAAGAGGAAGUGACUGACUGGCGUAAGAACGUGGACGCCAUGUCGGGUAUGGAGGGCAGGAAGAAGCUGUUCAACGCCGGCCAGUAGACGUCUGGGCCUACGGUUUGCAGAUGGAGACAAUGAGUGGAGGAACUGCAGUUCGCCUUAUGAAGAACAGAAAAAACUCAUGUAUACAACAUGCAUGGUAGUUUUAAAUGAGAUGCAUUAAUUACUAUGUACUGUAACCGCGCAACAUACAAUUCAGCGGGGUAUCAAUUG